AUGCGUCAAAUAACCGCUCUAUCAGAAAUUCAAACAGGUGAAGCUACAAGUGAUGACUUGUUGGGUAUUUUAUUGGAAUCCAAUUUGAAUGAGAUCCGACAACAUGGAAAUAAGAACGGCAUGAGCCUUGAAGAAGUCAUCGAGGAGUGCAAGCUAUUCUAUUUGGCUGGACAAGAGACAACCUCAGGAUUGCUCGCCUGGACAUUAAUUUUAUUGAGUCAACAUUUUGAUUGGCAGGCUCGUGCCAGGGAUGAGGUUCUACAGGUUUUUGACAACAAUGAACCUGAUAUUAGUAAAUUAAAUCACCUCAAAAUUGUUACCAUGAUCCUUAACGAGGUUCUAAGGCUAUAUCCACCGGCAGCAAAUCUUUUUCGAAUGAUUCCCGAAGAAACUAAAUUAGGCGAACUAUCACUGCCCGAAGGAAUGUUCAUCUUUGUGGCCCCAAUCUUGCUGCAGCAGGACAAAGACUUGUGGGGUGAUGAUGCGAAGGAAUUUAAUCCAGAAAGAUUCAGUGAGGGAGUUUCAAAGGCUACAAAAGGCAAUCUCUCGUUCUUUCCAUUUGGUUGGGGACCUCGAACUUGCAUUGGGCAAAAUUUUGCUAUGCUGGAAGCAAAGAUGGCGCUGGCUUUGAUCUUACGGCGCUUUUCUUGGGAGCUUUCGCCGAGUUAUGCACAUGCUCCUCAAGUUGUGCUCACUCUUCAACCCCAGUAUGGGGCUCAGUUGAUCUUGAAGAAACCGUAA